GAGUUUGAGGACAACCAAAGUCAUAAACAAUCAGGGACCCAGGUUGGUCCAAUCCACGUGCUGUGUCCUAGGGCGACGCGCCCAGUGCCAAGAAUACAACUAACUACAAUACAGAUUGUAGAUAAGACUAAUCAUGUCAGGCAUUGAUGUUUGGGUUGGCUCCUGGAGGCCCCAUAAGCCCCGUGGCCCCAUCGCUGCUCUCUACAGCAGCCCUGGACCCAAGUAUGCCCUGCCUGGAGCCACUGGUCUGAACUACCAUGACCCCAGAAUGCUGAAAGGGCCAGCGUUCAGUUUUGGGACGCGCCACCACAAGUUCAGCUCAGACUGCUCCCCCGGGCCGGGGUACUUGGUUCCCUCCAACAUCACCAGGAUUGGGCGUGACGGGACCCCUUCAUACUCCCUCUACAGCCGCCCCAAAGACCCCCAGCUGUUCCAAACCCCUGGACCUGGCCGCUACUCCCCUGAGAGGUCAGGGCAGUCUGCAUAUUACUCUGCCCCUGCCUACUCCCUGUCUGCCAGGAGCAAAGGCUUCCGCAACGACCAGACCCCAGGCCCUGCUGCUUACAUGCUGCCCUCUGUGCUGGGGCCUGCCACCGUCAACAAAACCUCCGCCCCUAACUUCUCCCUCCGAGGACGCAGCAAGAUAGGCAGCUUCCACGAGGACCUGCAGAAGACCCCUGGUCCAGGGACAUACAGAGUGGUGGACCCCUUCACCUACAAACACAAGCCCCCCCACUACAGCAUGACAGGACGCAACAGCAUGCCUGGAGACACCACCAUGAAACCAGGCCCCGGAGCUCACCACCCUGAACAGGUGACCUUCACCAGGAUCAAACCUCCUAGCUUCUCUUUCGGAAUUCGUCAUUCCGAGUUCAUCGCUCCACUCAUCGUGGACGUGGUGUAAUAGGAGCCCUUCCCUCUCCUCCCUUCCUUCUUCUCCUCCUUCCCAUUUCUCCUUCCAUUUCCUCUACCCCCUUAACCCAGCAAUAAAUAAAGCAGUAUCAAAAUGCUCUGCACUGAAGAAAGCAGUUACUUGUGCCUUAUUGUUAUGUAGGGCCUAUGCUGCAUUGAGUAAAAUGAUGCUGACAAGCUAACCUGACAAUCACAUAUCCUUGUUGAUGAUGAGAUUAAAAAGUUAGUUAUUUUUUAUAUUAAUAAACACAAUGGUUUAUCACACAUUUUAUUUGAAUAACUGAGAAGAAUACAUAGGCUAUCCAGCAUGCUUGAAUGUUAUGAAUAUUUCUGUGAAAAAAAGGAUUAGUCCUACUGCACAAACACUACUUCACCUGUGGCCUACCUUCAUAUUUUGUGAAACCCUUAAAAUCCUAUUCCAGUCUCCUUUUCACCUCAUUGAACACCUGAUUUACUUAACAAAAGGCACAUCUCAAUAGGUAGCCCAGGUAUGAUAUGACAUGGCACAAGUGGGGGGGCUUGCCAAACUUGUCAAAACGUGGUAAUCAAUCAAUAAAGACAUUUUCAACAAUGACAA